AUGGUCAAGAAUAUGCAACAUAUAGAUCUUUUCAAUUCUUCAAGUUUGAUGGACUUCAUCCAUGAACUCGCUUUUGGAGCAAUCUUGUUUCUUGUAACUCGAGUGUUUGUUCAUUAUCUUCUCCACUUAAAUUCUUCACGCAAACUUCCUCCCGGACCGGUCGGUUUUCCAUUACUUGGUGCACUUCCUUAUUUGGGAUCCAUGCCUCAUGUUUCUUUAGCCCAAAUGGCUAAAAAGUAUGGUCCGGUCAUGUACAUGAAGGUUGGCAUGCACGACAUGGUGGUGGCAUCAAGCCCGGAAUCGGCUCGAGCCUUUCUCAAAACCCUAGAUAUGAACUUCUCGAACCGACCUGUAGAUGGCGGUCCUACAUACCUCGCAUACAACGCCCAAGACAUGGUAUUUGCAUCUUAUGGUCCUAAGUGGAGGUUACUAAGAAAACUGAGUAACCUACAUAUGCUAGGUCAAAAGGCCCUCGAUGAAUGGGGUAGAGUUCGGAUUGUUGAGAUCGGUCACAUGCUUCGAACCAUGAACGAGUCUAGCAAAAGAUGCGAGCCAGUUGUGGUCCCCGACAUACUAUCGUAUGCAAUGGCCAAUAUGAUAGGUCAGGUUAUGCUUAGCAAGAGAGUGUUUGAGACCAAAGGGUUUGAGUCUAACACGUUCAAGGACAUGGUGGUGGAGCUCAUGACCAUUGCGGGUUACUUCAACAUUGGAGAUUUCAUACCUAUAUUGGAGCCAAUUGACCUACAAGGGAUUAAGAGAAAAAUGAUAGGCUUGCAAAAGAAGUUUGAUGAUCUACUAACGCGGCUCGUGGAGGAGCACAAAGCGUCGGCCCACGAACGGAAGAAAAGUCCCGAUCUUCUAGAUGUCCUCCAAAUUCACGAGGAAAAAUUUGGCGACGAAAGACUAACUGCUACAAAUACUAAGGCUGUUUUAUUGGAUUUAUUAUCAGCCGGUACCGAUACAUCAUCAAGUGCGAUAGAAUGGGCUUUAGCGGAAUUGUUGAGCAACCCAAAACUCAUGGACAAGGCACACGAGGAAAUGGACCGCGUUAUUGGAAAAGAGCGAAGGCUAGAGGAGACCGACUUACCCAAGUUGCCUUACCUACAAGCCAUAUGCAAAGAAGCUUUUCGCAAGCAUCCUUCUACUCCACUAAACCUCCCCCGAAUCUCAACACAAGCAUGUGAAGUAAACGGCUACUACAUCCCUAAAAACACGAGACUUAGUGUCAACAUAUGGGCGAUAGGGCGCGACCCUUCCGUGUGGGAGAAUCCGACAGAAUUCAAUCCCGAGCGAUUCUUGGAGGGGAAAAUGGCAAAGGUGGAUCCUAGGGGGAACGAUUUCGAGUUGAUCCCGUUUGGGGCGGGUAGGAGGAUUUGUGCCGGGGCUAGAAUGGGGAUCGUGAUGGUUGAAUACUUAUUGGGAACCAUGAUUCACUCGUUCGAUUGGAAGGUUCCGGAUGAUGUGGUAGAGCUAAACAUGGAUGAAAUCUUUGGACUUGCACUUCAAAAGGCCAUUCCUCUAUCAGCUUUGGUCACUCCAAGGUUGUCUCCAAAUGCUUAUUCUACCAAUUAG